GUGGGUCACGAGCCGAUGCCCCCCACCCUUGGGACCAAUGUGCUGGGGAGGAAGGUCCUCUACCUGCCGAGCUUCUUCACCUACGCCAAGUACAUUGUGCAAGUGGAUGGGAAGAUAGGGCUGUUCCGAGGCCUGAGCCCUCGGCUCAUGUCCAACGCCCUUUCUACCGUGACCCGCGGCAGCAUGAAGAAGGUGUUCCCCCCAGAUGAGAUGGAGCAGGUUUCCAACAAGGAUGACAUGAAGACCUCUCUGAGGAAGGUGGUGAAGGAGACCUCGUAUGAGAUGAUGAUGCAGUGUGUGUCCCGCAUGCUGGCCCACCCCCUGCACGUGAUCUCGAUGCGCUGCAUGGUGCAGUUUGUGGGCAGGGAGGCCAAGUACAGCGGUGUCCUGAGCUCCAUUGGGAAGAUUUUCAAAGAGGAGGGGCUGCUGGGAUUCUUUGUCGGCUUAAUCCCUCACCUCCUGGGCGAUGUGGUUUUCUUGUGGGGCUGUAACCUGCUGGCCCACUUCAUCAAUGCCUACCUGGUGGAUGACAGCGUGAGUGACACCCCAGGGGGGCUGGGAAACGACCAGAAUCCAGGCUCCCAGUUCAGCCAGGCUUUGGCCAUCCGGAGCUACACCAAGUUUGUGAUGGGGAUCGCAGUGAGCAUGCUGACAUACCCGUUCCUGCUGGUCGGCGAUCUCAUGGCGGUGAACAACUGUGGGCUGCAGGCUGGGCUCCCCCCCUACUCGCCAGUGUUCAAGUCCUGGAUUCACUGCUGGAAGUACCUGAGCGUGCAGGGCCAGCUCUUCCGUGGCUCCAGCCUGCUUUUCCGCCGGGUGUCGUCAGGAUCAUGCUUUGCCCUGGAGUAACCUGAAUCAGCCCAGAAAACACUGGCUCAGCCUGGCCGCCGCGGGUGAGGCCUGCUCAUCUCGGGACGCCUCACACAGCUCCAGCCCAGCGAGACCCAGGCGUGCUCCUGCCCGGCCGGGGUCACUCUCCAUAUUUGCCGCGUGUCUGUCCAGAAGUGGGGCAGGGGUGGGACUGUGCCCAGUGGGUUGGGUCACCUGUUGGGCCUGGGAAAGGGGUGUGGGGAUGGGAAUUGGGGCGGAAUCCCCUUCUCAAAUUCGCUCAUCUGCCUUGUGCCAGAAAAUGACUUGUGGAAGCCUGGGGUGGGUAAACAGACACCAGCGGGGCCAACUCCCACCCCUCCCACCCCCGCAGUGGGCCCCAGUCUCAUCCCACAGCUCAGCUGGGAGCAGUCACUCCCCUGCUUUGUAAAUAGGGCGUGACCCCUCACGAGGCCGCCAUUGUGUGGGCUUGUGCUCGGAGGCUGGCGCUAGGCCCUGCCUUCGUGUUUCUCAACACUACCCCUCUGCCAGGCAGGCAGCACCUGCUCGGAACAGAAAGUCGUGUGGUGUGUCAGGCUCUGUCCCUCACCUGCUCGUCCGUCCUGUGUGGCGCCUCGUGCAGGACCUGCUUACCUGUGCGCUUGUGAGUGCCCGCAGUGAGCACCUGUGUGUCUAGUCCUACCCGUUUUCAAAGCUCCUGGUAAGAUCUGACCUUGUCACCCUCGAAUAAAUGUGUUGGUGGUGAAUCGGA